ACGACCCUCCGAUCCCAGAGCCCAUUGACGCGCGUUCGGACACUAAGCGUGCUUAAACCCCAUUCCCACCCGUCGGCUAGGGUUUCUCCCACUCGACACCAGCGGCGCCGUGCUCCCCCGAAACCCCGUAGCCGUCGGCAGAAAUGGUGAAGGGCAGGCAAGGAGAGCGUGUCAGGCUCUAUGUUCGAGGAACGAUCCUUGGAUACAAGAGAUCGAAGUCGAACCAGUAUGAGAACACGUCGUUGAUCCAGAUCGAGGGGGUGAACACCAAAGAGGAGGUCGCCUGGUACUGCGGCAAGAGGAUGGCGUAUAUCUAUAAGGCCAAGACCAAGUCGGACGGGAGCCGGUACCGGUGCAUCUGGGGCAAGGUUACACGCCCCCACGGUAACAGCGGUGUUGUUCGCGCCAAGUUUAAGUCCAACCUUCCGCCCAAGUCCAUGGGUAGGAAGGUUCGAGUUUUCAUGUACCCGAGCAACAUAUAAGGUAUGGUGAUGUGCGGUGACUUGAAGGCAUCCUGGAAGCUGAGUUAAUGACAUCUGCUUUUAGAGGUUUUUCUUUUAGAAUAUCAAAGCUGAUGUUUUAUACCAAGACCAUUUACUGUUUCUGCAGUCUCCCCUUUACAGAUGUGGAACUUAAAUUUUUGCCAUUAGAAGGUUAUUGCAUUUUGGUUUGUUUCGUCUA